AUGUUUCAGUUUAUGGCUGUGCACGUAGAAAACUUAAGUCUUCUGAUUUUGGGCAACGGUUGGUUAGCCAAUGGAAGUGCCGAAAGUCUGACAUUGGAUGGUAGUGCUGUUCACGGAGCUCAAAUUGUACGUCGGAAUAACGCAGACAGAGGGUUCUGGAGGGGCAGGUCUCGUUACAUUCUUCAAAGAUAGAAGUUCAUUGAUCGAUACGGCAUCUUCGUAUUCAGAUGCACAUGUCGACUCUUCCAUUGAUCUCUUAUCUCGGUUAGCACCAGUCGUACCGAAGGAUUUUUGCCUGAAAAUAGGCAAUUCUUCUAUAAUUACGGGUGGAGAGGAUGGCGUGGUACUUGGCUUGGAAGGUACAAUGAAGGGUUUGCAAAUUAGUACGAAAUUUCAACCAUCCAACCCGCUGUUAAAUUUCACGUUAAACUUGGAUGGACUAUCGAUCCGUAGCAAAUUCCCUGUUCUGACGUUACGAUCGUUGAUCGUAAAUUCAAAGAUGGAGCAAGGCAUUUUACAAAUUGCCAUACAAAUUAACAAUCUUUCCGUCAUCUACGAUCACAAAGACUGGGAGUCGAUAUUGUGUAAUACCGAGAACGAAAUUUCGCGACCUGUCGGCGGUAUAACGUUAAGAAAUAAGUUCCCGUGGUUGGAUGUAAGGGUAAAUACAGAACUGUACGACUCGUCGUUGUGCAUCAAAUUAUUGGACGUUCACGAAGCUUCGUGCGGUGUGGCUCAUAUGAAAUUUUCAUUGAACACACUGGCAGAUACGACAAUUGACAGUUGGAACACAGAGUUGGUGGUAGAAUCUCUGUAUUGUACGUUGAACGGUUCUAACGCCGUUACCUUGGAAACAUCUCAUCGAUGGGGAACGCCUUUGUCCAUCGGAGUAUUAUUAGCCACGACACGUACCAACGCUGUGGGAAUUGCCGUCGAUGCUCUCGUAACCGAGUGGAGUUUGGAACUUGCUAGAUUUCUCAAGGAGGCGUACAACUUCCUUAAAAAUGUCGACAGAUGUUGCCAGAUGUACAACAGAAGGAUCGAACCGACGAAAAGGGCGAAAGAAUCGGACAGCGUGGUUCAAUUAAAUCUCAAGAUUACAAAUUGUAAUUUAUUUUUUAUCGCGGAGAACAAUCAAUUGUCACACAAGACAGAACAUCUGAAAACUGUGGUUUCGAUCGAUUGUUUAGUAUCUGUGAUGAUGCGUUUGGAUAUCGCGAAUUUAGAGCACAAUGCGAAACGAUUGGUGGCGGUGGCAGAGGGUGUCAGCGCAAUCACGUUAAACAAAAACGAACCGAUCGUCUGUCAGCACGCGCAAGCAUUGGUGCACCCGUUCUUGGCGAUAAGAAAGUGCAAAGGCGCGGUUACGUCCGAAGCGAUAAACAUCACGUUGGACGGUACCAGUCUGGCAUGGAGUCCGAAUUUGCACCUUCGCCUCUUGCAACUCUGGCUGGAAUCUGCAGACUUUAGAUCCAUCAUAAACGUCGGAGAUUCGUCGACGCGACCCGGCAAAGACAUUGGCAAACAGCGGAAACGAUCGGUCGACAUAUUGGCUACCGGCGGGAUUAGUCUGUCUAUAGACAUCUCUCCGAAACACUUUUUAGAACUUUCCUCGGACCAGUUGCGUUGGUCGCAAGGAGAAUGGAGACUGAAUUACAUGCGAGCUACUUUAGAUAUGGCCGACAUAGUCAUGUUCGAAGGAUUCGAAUUGAUCAGAAUAUCGAGUAACGAAGAGGUGCUACUGGAGCGGCAGAGUAACGAAGGUUUUGCUCUGGAUUGGAACGAAACUUGGAUGCUCAACAUCGAAUCGGUGAAAGCUUGCUUUCCGUACGAGCAUCAGUUUACCGACGCAAUUCAGAACGAAUUGUUCAGUAUAAAGAAAUGGUUGAAAGACGUUCAUUCCUCGUCGUCGUCGUCGUCGUCUUCUUCUUCGUCGUCUUCUUCUUCUUCUUCUUCGUCUUCUUCGUCUUCUUCGUCUUCUUCGUCGUCGUCGUCGUCGUCGUCACCGUCACCGUCACCGUCGUCGUGUUGUUCGUCGAGUCAAGGAAAGGAAAGAUGUUUGCCGUGCGAUUUAAUUAUAAAAAUCAAAGAAUGGGUAUUCGAGGUAAGCGACGAUCCGUUCGAAGUACGUUUGCGAGAUAAUUACGAAUUGUUGGAAGACGAGUACAAGGAGAGCUUGAAGAGGCAGGCGAUGCUGGAUGCCAAGGUGCAGGAACUCUGCCGGGCGCACUUGUUGCUGCCGCAAGGGAAAGUCGAGGAACUGUACGUCAGCCUGAACAAGAAGAACGCGGAGAUAUACGUGCAACGAUGGAAACAGAUGCAGCGUGCCGGGCCAGCUAGAACGCGACUGUUCGCUUGGUCCAUGUCGGACAUCGAGAUACUGGCGUUGGCCGAUCCGUCGAUCGACGGCGUGGAAAACGCGACGAAGGCUCUGCGCGAGAUGGACGCGGAGACACCGUGGCCAGAGGACGGCCUUGAAUUCGGUAGCUUGUGGGUGAGGGGUAUAAGCUUGAAGUGCGCCGAAUGGAAGUUGCAGCUGCGAGAUUUCCCGCAGCCGUUGCUGUUGGUCGAAGGUUUGAGCGUGUGGGGCAGAUUGGCCGGCGCUGAGGCUCUGGCGCCGCCGCGAGCCAGGCGAACCGUCAGGAUAGAGAUCGGCGCUCCUUGGGAGGACAUCGUCGUGGAGAGGGGGAUGACGUCGCUCAAGUACUACCACGAUCUAAACUGGGACAUCGACAAGUUUCGAUACGCGUUCGGGCCGUGUUGGGAGCCGGUGAUCGCGCAGUGCAACCUCAGCUUCGAGAAGAUUAUCCAUCCGUCGCGCGACCCUAGUCCGCCGCUACCCUUCUGGGACAAAAUGCGGCUGGCUCUGCACGGCAGGUUGACCCUCUGCGUGAAACAGUUGACGGUGCUGUUGCACGGUUCGUUGGAUCCGUACAACACCACGGAGGAGAUGGAGCUCACGUGGACCGGGUUGGAGUUGGACUGGACGCAGGGCAGGAUCAUCGUGAAAGGAGAUCUGGACGUUUACGUACGCACGGCCAGCAAGUACGACGACUGCAGGCUCCUACACUUGCCGAACGUACGUUUGAGCGUGAAGUUGGCGUGGGUUUGCCUAGGCGAUCCCAGGGAUCAUCACGCCGCGAUACCAUGCGCCCCGGACAGGUUGCCGGAGUACUCGAGCAAUCAGGAGCACGACUCGUUCAGGGCGUUCCGCUCGCAAAAUUUGAACGUCAGCCUUUCGCUGGAGACGAAGCCGACCGGAUCGCCGGCGUUGGCGGCCAGCGUAGCGCCCACCGCACUCCUCUACGGCAGCACUCUCCGAUGGUUCGAGAAUCUAAAGUUCAUCUUGUCCGGGGCGACGAGGCCGACGAGGAAAGGCGCGCUGUUCAAGAACAUCAGAGCCAGGAAGAAACAGCUGAGCAGGCAUUACAGGAAAGUACGGCUGACGCUGGCCUUCCAUCAGUUUCACGUCAGCUAUUGGAUGUCGUUCGCGAUGCAACGCGGCUUCGAGGUGACCGGCGGCAGAGUGGUGUGCAGCUGCGAGCACAACCUGUCCCUCUACCCGAUCGACGACGGCCUGAUACAUCGCCCGAGAGCGGAAUGGUCGGUCGUCUAUAUGAACUGCGAGCUCAGCGACGCGGAGAUCUGGCUGAAGAGCGCCCUCCACGAGGACAAGGAGAGCGCCUCGCUGCGACAGCCGGUGGAGAAGUGUUACUGCUUGAGCGUGGCUCGCGUCAGCUACGGCAGAGAGGCAAUGGUGGCCGGUGUCACCGGAGGAGACACUCCCACCCACAGGCUCGUCGUGCACGACUUGAAGGGUGCUUGGACAAAGACCAACAGGGACGUGGCCUUUGCCCUCUUCGACUCCUUCAUCAAGACUCAACAGUUGAAGAAGAAUUUGUCGACCGCCGCCUUGAAAGGCUUCCACGCCAGGGAGAGUCGUUCAACGCCGCCGCCGCCGCGCAAAACGUCCAGUCGAGCGACCACCAGGUCGAUCGAGGCGACGCAGAAGAACGCGACGACGCAAGCGAACGCCACGUCCACGGCGAAGCCGCAGCAGGGAGAGGCCGUCGGUAUGUUGCAGAGACUGAUAGCCGAAGCUGCGAACAAACCGGUCGCGUUCAGCGACGAUCUGUCCGUACAAACCAGGGGUCAACAGUUGCGAGGUCUAGCGGCUUGCCAUCAAGACGACGUCCUUCACAAGAAUUGGCUAAUCGCCUUGGUGAACAGCCAAGUGUUGCUAAAGGGUAUCGAAACGCGAGGCUACGUGAUCCUGUCCGCGGCUAAAGCCGAGAUACUGCAAAGAGUUCACCAACCUGUGUGGAAAGAGAGAACUUUGGUGUCGAAGACGACCUGGGUCGGAUCGUUGGAGUGUAUGCAGUACUACGCCACUGUCAGUGCCAACAUUGACGAAAAUAUCGAUGACAAUAUAAUGUGGUUGACGUUGGAUAACAUCCAAGAAAAAGAUUCGACCGUGAUAGCUGGCUUACCAGACGUGCCGGCAUUGGUUGGCUCGGGACAAAGCGUCGGUGGUGUCGUGAGUCAGACGGUUGGCGGCGGCGGUGGUCCGCAACACCAAUUGCAACGUAUCGUCUCCAGAUGUAAAUGCGAAUUCUUCUACGUUGGCUAUGGGCAAGCUUUGGACGUUGGCUCCGUCGACCAGGUCCCACCGCCGCCGAGAGAAGAAGUCAGCCCGUGGGAGAGGAAAGACCUUUCGGCGGCCGACGCGUUCACGUUGAUGCAUCACGAUUUAGACGUGUGCACCAACUCGCUCCAGUACGCUAUGAUCUUGGAUAUCGUUAACAAUUUGCUGCUCUACGUGGAACCAAGGAGAAAGGAGGCGUCCGAACGUUUGCAGAGAAUGCGAUUUCAAUUGCAGUUGCACUCUGUCGAGGAUCAGAAACGUCCGAUUCAACAGCUGCAGAACACCGUGCGUGGCUUGGUCGCGAAAUUAAGGAGGCUGGAGCGCGAAACCUACCUGGUGCAAAAAGCUCUCGCCGAGGAGUCCAGCCCCGAGUUGCUAGCAGAAAUGGAACGAUUGGAAACCAGAGUGUUCGAGUGUAAGGAUCACCUCGGUGCAAAGGCCGAAGAACUCGACGUAAUGUUGAGCUGUUACAAGGAAACCACCGCGCCCACCACAGCCUCUACCACGUUGAAGGACAAACCGGCGGCAGUCGCAAGAGUGGCCGAGAUUUGCUUCAAACACGCCCAGUGGAGAUUAACCGACGCGGACGGUCAAUUGGGGAUCGCCGAUCUUAUAUUGACCAACUUUCUGUACACGAAAACCAGCAAAACCGACGACUCGGUGGAACAUCUCCUGGAACUAGGAUACGUUAGAAUGACAAAUUUAUUGCCGAAUCAAAUCUACACGGAGGUGUUGACACCCACGGAAUUGCAAAGCAACAUGCCUGUCGACAGGCAAAGAGCUCUUCGUGUUUUCUGCAGGGAAAAAGCGCCCGUUGCCGGGAUAUCCGUGAAAGAACAUUUCGAAAUUAACGUCGUUCCAUUAACGAUAGGGUUAACGAAAAAGUUUUUCAACACUAUGCUCAAAUUCUGUUUCCCCGAGAGGGACCCAGAAGGGAUAGAAGAGCCGCCGGCACCGCAACGAGAUUCCUCCUUUUACGUGCCAAUCGAAAGAAGGGACGACGUGGAAAAAAUGAAAGAACGUGCAGACAAAAACAAAUUGUUUAUAUACAUCAAAAUACCUGAAGUACCCGUUCGUGUUUCUUACAAGGGUAACAAAGAGAAAAACUUGGAAGAUGUUCGGGAUUUUGCUCUGGUGAUACCUACGCUGGAGUAUCACAAUGUCACUUGGACGUGGCUCGAUCUCCUUUUGGCUAUGAAAAGUGACUCUAGACGCGUAAUAUUGAGUCAAGCGAUUAAACAGAAAUUGCAAAUCAAGCCGAGAGGUCCGCAAGAAGAAUCCGCUCCGCAAGAGGAAGACAAGGCUCGACUUUUAUUCGGUGCUAGACAUCUACCGGGCGACGUGAGAAAGAAAGGUGUCUUUAAAUUUAAAGCAUAGUUUCUAUUAUUUGGGCCGUGAAACACAAUUUGGAAACCAAACUGCUCCUCAUCCUCUGCCAAUUCGAUGGUACAACCUUCGAGAACAAUCAUGCCUACUGGUUCCUUGUCACCGCGUCGGUCGAAAUAAAACAAUAUGUUCCCUUUGAGAACGAACCAUCUUCUUUGAUAGCCCCGGUUUAAUUCACCACGUUUGUUCAACCAACCUUCGCGAUCUACUGGCGUUGCCGAAGUCGCGAAAGCUACCAUGUUCUUCUCGUUUAUUUUCAUUGCAUUUGAAAUCUCGGUACUCUCGACCGAGUCAGAGGCAAAUCUGCUUGACUUUGUGUUAUAUCCUUCGCGAUUAAUCUGUCGCGAUGAUUGUCAUUAAAAAGAAUUGUCUGCUUUCACUUUUCGUGUCAAACUAUGACGUAGGGUAACCUUGUAGUAACUUUUAAAAUGUACUCGGCUGACGUGUUUAAAGUCGGUACGCAACGAUAAAUCUGCAAUAUUUACGACGCUCCUCGAAACUGUAUUAAAGCUUGUUUUCUUUCUUGCACGACGAGCGACUCGUUUACAUAUUCAAAAGAAUUUGACAUAAGGUUGUUGCGUUCACAGUUACACCUAACCUUCCUUGACAGUGGGGGACAAAGUUAGCAAAAGUUAUACGGACAGAGCUUUACUAAGCAAAGAAAGCAAGGACAAGCUCAGUGUAAAUUUUAUGUACGAACCACCACCUGGAGCAAAAAAAGAGAGAGAAAAGGAAGACAAUGAGCCAGAAUAUAAAUUCGAGUGGCAACGCAAGUACAAUGCACCGAGAGAAAGUUAUUGCAAAGGGGAUAGCGAAAUAAGAGAUCAGCCAUUUGGUAUCCAAGUACGUAAUGUUCGUUGUAUCAAGUGUCAUAAGUGGGGACAUAUAAAUACAGACAAAGAGUGCCCUCUGUACAGUCAAGCAAUGAGCGUAGUGAUGGCAAAUAACUCGCCGACGUCAGCUCCAGAUGCUUUGAUGCUGGUUCAACAAAUGAGAGAAGAUGGAUUAGCACUUAAAAAAUCUGCUCUCAGUGCUCAGCAACAUUUACGAGUUCCCGAGCAUGAACAUCUUAUGGUUUCAGACGACGAAGAACAAUCUGAAAUUACAUUUUUAAAAACCUUGUCUAAAAAAGAAAAAAAGAAGUUAUUAAUGAAGUUGCGACAACUCGAGAAGAAGACCAAAAAAGCAGAAAAGAAGAAAUUAAAAGAGAAACGAAAGAAACGCAAAAAAAGUAACAGCGAUACAGAAACUGAUAGUAGUACCAGCAGCAGUAGUACUUCAAGCGCUAGUGCCAACAGUGAUAACGCGAACGCCAUUGAUAAAAGUUUAAACGAUCGUACGUCGGAAAAACUUGGGAACAAACGAAAAAGAAAAGAGAAAACAGAUUGCAUUUCAAAUGGUGAUUCUUCGAAUCGUUAUCAGAAAAAAGAGAGAAAUAGAGUAAGAAAUUUGGAAGAGGAUCGAAGGAGGAAAGUUGAAUUUAAGUACGAAAGGAAAUCCAAACGCGAGGAAGCUCGUAGAAAGGAUGCGAAAGAAAAUAAAAACAAGGACUACGAUGUCGGUCACGGGAAAAGGAAGUUUGUAGAGUCUAUCGAGAAUAAAAUUUAUAAAAAUCAAAACGAAAAGAGAACCAGAAGAUUUUAAAAUUAAUCGUGUCUUUACAUAUUGGAAAGAUACACGCUAGGUGUACGGGAACACGUUUGAUAUUUGGUAUUCGUGUGAAUUUCAAGGAGCGUAACAAAUAAAAUACCAUGUAUGCGCAGUGAGUCACGUACUCUGUGUUGUGUACGAGUGGAUAUCUGGACAUAAAUACGACAAGAUAACGUUCAAUUCUCAUCAUUGUAUUUCCUUUUAACGCGUUUUAUAUAGUCAAAAAUCGAGUCAAAGGAAAAAUUGAAAAUUUACAUCACAUACAUACACACACACACAAAUAUUUCAUACAUCAUCUUGCACGAUAUGAUCUUUAUAACUAUAAAAAAAGUUUCAACAAAUACUUCUCCAGUUUUAUUCAACUACAGUUUAACACGACUCGCUUUGCAUAUCCUUUCGAUAGAAAGCACAAUGUACGUAACUAGUUAAGUUCAACUAGUAUAAGUUUCAAGUGUACGAUUUACAGAAAUUAAAUUUUCAUUAAUAUUCUGCGUGGAACAAGUUUUUGUUUUCAAAAGACUCUUUGCAUAAAUGUUUUAUUUUAGACUUGUUAUUGUUCAUUUGCAGAUAUCUAUAUGUAAUCGAUAUUUUAUCGUGACUACGUAACAUUAAUACCUGCGAGUAUUAAUAGAGUUUCUGUUUUGAAAAAUGUUCUCGAGAGUGUACAACUGUUUGAUAAAUACGGAAACAGAAUUUCUAUCGUAACGUUAUAUAUAUACACAACGUGAAUGAUUUAAAAAUAUAAAUAUUGCCUGCGUGAAUUUGAAACAGUAACGUGUAAUAGACAAACGUUCGUCGUGAAAUUAAGUGUUAAGCUUUUUGAUAUUAUUCUUUAAUUACAGAUACCAAAACAGCGAAAUAAUUACUAAAUUAAGUUAAAAUAAUGCUACCGAAUGUUGUAUAGGCAUCUACGUUUAAAAAUGCUUUGCUCACUUCUUCCUAACGUUGUGCCGUUUACGGUGGAAAGACACGUACAUACACGUAACACAUACAUUUUUGUCAGCAUACUGUAUUUUUUUUUUCGAUUCAAAGAAGUAAGAGAGCAUUUUCAUAUCUUCUCUACAUUUAUCUUACAAGAUGCUAAUUUCUCACUCUUAACAUUUUACCUUUAUAACGUAUUACUAUUAACUUAUUAACGUAACUAGCUAUUAACAAGAAUUUUACAUACUUAUUACUAUACACGCGUGCAUAGGUGAGCGCGCAUUAAGUUUUUCUAUGGAAAAUUUAAUAUACUAUCCAGCUGUGAUAGCUGCGUGAACACUUGGGCAGUUAAAAUUUUUUGUAUAAUUGUCAUUUUCACAACGAUUAUAUGUAAAAAGUAGAAUCGGAAAUCUAAAUCAAAAUGGUGAUCUACCAUCGUAUCAUAAACUUAAGCGCAUUAACAUCCUCCGUUGUUACAAUGAAACGAGAGAUAUUAUAUAAAAAAAUUUGUUCGAGUGAAAUAUACGGUGGUAUAUGCUUUAAACCAUUGAACGAAUGCAACUCGAGAGGAACACAAAAACGUGCAAAUUUUAAUCAAGGGUCGUAUAAAAUAUCCCCAUUAAUUCUUUGUUUUUCUCCAUUAACCAUUACUGUAAAAUAUAUUUUUGAAACUUUAAUUUACACAAAGUGAGAUAUUACAUACGACCAUGAAUUCUUCU